GGACACCCAGCUCAGCAGCAGCAGCAGCAGCAGCAGCGCACGGUACUCAGCGUCCCCUUUAAGACCGUUUUGGAAUAAUUAAUGACGUCGCGCUGUAAACACGACUGACGCUCAGCUGCGUGGCCGAAGCAUCCUCAGACUAAAAGAAGACCGAGACCUCUGAACGCUGCUGUGUUUAUUUCUCGACAGGACCGCGGAAAGGCACUACAAUAACUGCGGUUCACCUCGACUCUCAUAUGCGGUCUCCAAUUCCAAGACGACAGCGCUGCAUUAUUUGUCCUACUAAGUGCCAUGGCUAGAAAGACGGACAUCCCCUCCUCUUACUAUGGUGAGCCGCGCAAGUUUGACCCAAACUUCAGAGGGCCUGUUCAUAACAGGAGCUGCACUGAUGUGGUUUGCUGUAUUAUUUUCAUUAUUGUCAUCCUUGGCUACAUCGCCCUGGGUACUGUGGCCUGGAUCCACGGCGACCCCAGGAAGGUCGUCUAUCCGACCAACAGCCACGGUCAGUUCUGUGGCCAGCAGGGGACCCUUAAUGCAAACAAAACCAAAUUAUUCUACUUCAACAUGUUGAAAUGUGCCAAUCCUGCAGUUUUAAUUAACCUCCAGUGCCCUACAACCCAGCUCUGUGUCUCCAAGUGCCCUGACAGAUUUGCCACUCUCCUGGAUGCGCAGAAUACCAAAAACUGGGAAUAUUACAAGCAAUUCUGCAAACCGGGCUUUGAGAUUGGCAGUAAGUCAGUUGCAGAAGUCUUACGAGAUGAAGACUGCCCAUCUAUGAUCGUGCCAAGCAGACCUUUUCUUCAGCGGUGCUUCCCUGAUUUCAUUACAAGAAAUGGAAUUUUAACUGUAGCCAAUCAGACCAUCUUCAAUGACGGUGUCAAUAAACAGAGAAGUGUCAAUGACCUCAAAGACGCUGCCAAAGGUAUCGCCAAUCUGCUGAAUGCCAAAGAAGUUGGCAUUAAGAUCUUUGAGGAUUAUGCAAAUUCCUGGGACUGGAUCCUCAUUGGUCUGGUGAUAACCAUGGUGGUCAGUCUGCUCUUCAUCCUGCUGCUGCGCUACACUGCUGAUGUGCUCCUGUGGUUCAUUGUCUUUGUUGUCAUCGCUGUGGUUGGCUACGGUAUCUGGCACUGCUACUGGGAGUACAGUAUGCUGAGUGGGAAGCCAGGUGCUAAUGUCACCAUUUCUGAUAUCGGCUUCCAGACAGAUUUCAGCAUUUACCUUCAGCUCAGCCAGACGUGGCUCAUCUUCAUGAUCUCACUUGCUGUGAUUGAGUUCAUCAUUGUGAUUAUGCUGAUAUUUCUGAGGACGAGGCUGCGAAUCGCUAUUGCAUUACUGAAGGAGGGAAGCAGGGCCAUCAGUUACAUCAUGUCCGCUCUUUUCUACCCUAUCAUCACCUUUUUCCUUCUGGCCAUCUGCAUUGCUUACUGGGCCGUCACAGCAGUCUUCUUAGCAUCAUCUGGUCAUGCAGUCUACAAGGUCAUGUCUGCUGACGAUAAAUGCAUGUAUGCCAACCUCACAUGCAGCCCAAAGAAUUUCAGUCAGACCAAUAUCACCAAAGUGUGCCCCGGAUCACAAUGCAUGUUUGCCUUCUAUGGUGGGGAGAGCAUGUACCACCGCUACAUCUUAGUCCUCCAUCUUUGCAACCUGUUUGUGUUCCUCUGGCUGGUCAACUUUACCAUCGCCCUGGGCCAGUGCACCCUGGCCGGGGCCUUUGCAUCCUACUACUGGGCCCUGAAGAAGCCAAAAGACAUCCCUGAAUGCCCCCUCUACUCUUCAUUUAGCAGAGCCAUACGUUAUCACACAGGUUCCCUCGCCUUCGGUUCUCUGAUCCUCGCUGUGGUGCAGAUGGUCCGACUUGUUCUCGAGUACCUGGAUCAAAAACUGAAAGGUUCUCAAAAUGCAUGCACUCGAUUCAUGCUUUGCUGCCUCAAAUGCUGCUUCUGGUGCCUGGAACAUUUCAUCAAGUUUCUAAACAGAAAUGCGUACAUUAUGAUAGCAAUAUAUGGAAAGAACUUCUGCACCUCUUCCAAGGACGCUUUCUUCCUCUUGAUGAGGAAUAUUAUUCGGGUGACUGUCCUGGACAAGGUGACAGAUUUUGUGCUCUUCUUGGGAAAACUGGUUAUUUCAGGAAGUGUUGGUGUUCUUGCAUUUUUCUUCUUCACACGUAAAAUACCAGUCAUUCAAGAGGAGGUGCCAUCCCUAAAUUACUACUGGGUCCCCCUUCUGACGGUGAUAUUUGGAUCCUACAUGAUCGCACAUGGCUUUUUUAACGUCUAUUCCAUGUGUGUGGAUACACUGUUCCUGUGCUUUUUGUGGGAUCUGGAGGUAAAUGACGGCUCUGCUGAACGGCCUUACCACAUGAACAGAACCUUGCGGAAGAUCCUCUCCAAGAAGAACGUCUAGAGAAAUGAAGAAAGGAAGGAGAAAGGCUGAAAGGUCAUUUACCAAAGCAUGGUAUGAGUCUGAGUGACAAUAAGCAUUUUGCCAAAUGUAAUCCAAGUAUACACAAAUUGUAACUGUACACUAUAAUAGACAAAUUGUUGAGCAACUAUAUUCAUUCAUCCACAUGGUCAUAAUUUAAGCAAUUCUUUGGUAUUUAUAACUAACUAGAGGAGCCAGCGUGUCCAAGAAAAAAAAUGUUUUGUGUUUUUAUUGGUUGGUGUACAAAAUUGCACCACAUUCUUGUAAAUAUUUUGUAGAAUUUUAUAAUUAUAACUGAAAUAUGAUUUGUUCUUACAACCACAAUCAUACCACACACUAAGUUCCUGUUGGAACAAGUGAUUUCUUUCUUUCUUUAGAUUGUGGUGAACUUCUGCAGUUUUUGUCCUUAUUUUCAUGUAGUUACCAGUUUUUGCCACUUGGUGGCGCCAGUCUAAUGUGUACUGAUGUAGAGGCAUGAACAAGUUUUUCCAUGAAAUGGUCAAACGUUACCUCAUCCGCACAUUGUGUUUUUUAUUUUUUUAUUUUUCUUAUUUUUUUUUUACUUCAAAUUGUCUCACAUUGAGAAAUAUAUUUGCCACUAACUGUCCUCUGUUUUCAUAUUUAAAUGUCAAGGACAUAAUGGCAUAGCAGUUCAAAGUACUCCACUCUUAAGUGCCUUUUCUCAGAGAAUUGCCACAACGAGUGUCUAAUUGCUUCUUGCAGCUACAUAGUUUACAUUUUUUGAACUCAUAAAAAGUGACAGUCCUCAAUGUUCAUGGUAGGAAUGAAAGGGGGAGCAAAUUGAUGUUAGGUGUUUAUGGUUUGGACUAAAGUCACAGGUGUGUCCAACCAGUAACAAACACAGACCCUCCACCUACAUACAGUAUGUGCUGUUUCUUUGCUCUGAUGUGUGACUCAGAGGGUGAUGUGAUGAGACCGAUUGCAUUGAUAACAAUUACAAUGUGUGUUUGAAAGUUUCACAGGGAACAGUGGCUGCAGUCAAAUGAACUCAUGUCAAUCACAAUGUUCUCUAAUAAGUUUAAUAAUAAUAAGUUAUAUAAUACGUUUUCACAGCAUAAAGCUGAAGCUACACCAGCAGCAUAACUCACUUCUCUGCCGUCCAUCUUUAUGCUUGCUAUGUUUCAACCACAUUGAAAUCUGGCUUGAUAUGUGGCUUUUUUUCCACAGUAUGAACUUUUUACUGUUUCAGGCUGAUCACAACCACUGUUCUCUGUGAUAAAGAAACUUUUUUCUCCUUUUCCCUUCCAAGCCUAGAGUGGGUGAGUCCUUAUGAAUCUUCAUAGAUUUCAUUCAUAAUAUUCUCAAGACCAAAAUUUCUUGUUGGAGUUAUGAGUCUCUAUGAAUAGAAACAGUUUUUGUUUUUGUUUCCAUUGGUCUUGUUAGUCCAGUGUCAUGCUGGUCCCACGCAGUAUAAUUGAGUUAUUAGGAUUUAAGUCAAGCAAAACCUUUGUUGCAGGAAGAUGCAGUUGUUUUGUCUUUGUAAGGAGACUGACGAAAUAAAUCAGUGAAAGUACAGCAUCAUUUCCAGUAACACAGCUGUUGGCAGUUUCCCACAGUGUCCUUGUACCUUGUAUGAUGAUCACCUUUAGAUCUUUGAGAUGUGACUCAUCCUCGUGAGUCUUUGUGUUUGUCAAACCUGAGAACUUGCCCUCAUGUUGCCUCAGAGUGACAGCACUGCCAGACUUACACACCCUCUGCCCCCGUUUGAGCUGAACACGCUGGGACAUGCACAACGUAACCAUUCAAUAAAAGGAAAACAACUCUGAUGGCGUAUCUGAAAGGAGAGAAAUGAUGCAUGUAGUGCUCGGCAUAAAACACACAGCAUAUUGUUGUUCCUUUUUAUCAUACUGAAUAACUCAAGGUAUUACUGUACUACCAGUUGUAUUUUGUGUCUUUAUGUGCAUGCAACUCGUUCUCUUUCCCACGAGGCUGAGUACCAAAGAUCUGAUAAGUGAAGUAAACAGUGUUUUUAUAUACCUCUUCCUCCCUUCCACGUCUGGAAAUUAGAUUUUGGUCAACAAGUAGACGCUGUCUUUGUUAGAAUGCGCGUCAGUUUUCUUAUCACAAACUCUGAAAAAACAGAUCUCUCACCUGUUGAUAAGCAGAAAGAUGAGCAAUACUUGGAACUGUGUUUUAUUUAUUGUGUCUCAUUUGUGAAAGCUGGCAGCAUCUAUAUCUGCCAUAUUUCUAUUUAUAGUACAGAACAUGUUGCAUGUAUUUUUAUAACAGAAUAUAUUGUCCGUGUGAAUGUGCAUCCGUAAUACGGAUGUUUUUGUUCUGUUUUACAAUAAAUUGUUUUUUAUACAGCA